CCUCGCUGAUCCCCACCGAUCUCCCUUCUUCCUCGCUGAUCCCCAUCGAUCCCCACCUCCCUUGCUGAUCCCCACCUCCCACAACGCUUCCUCUCCCUCUCUCAUCGAUCUUCUCCACUUCACGUCAGUAGCCAUCCAACAGAUCUGGGCCGAGAGGUGUGGCGGAGGCGGCGGUCUUCAUGGCCGGAGGAGUUGAGGGAGAGGUGAGGAGGAAGAUUCUGGCUCUGUUGAAGGACGCAAAGGCGUCAAUACAGCAAAUUGAGUUGUUGAUAGGCCACACACCCAAGUUGGACGGUCCAGAUGCUCAACGAUUCGGCAAGCGACAGCGGGAAUUCGAAGAAACAGAGGAGGAAGAAGAGGAGGAGAUCCCUGGCGAGGGCUGCGCUGGAGACUGGCUGGACGCCCUCAAUAAGGAGGACCUGCUCGAGUACGUCAACGGAUUUGAUGUCGGCGACACUAACCAAGGUUCGCUCGUGACCCAGGAUGCCGAUGUCGGCGUCCGUGUAGAAGAUGCCUCGCCCAUGCCGCUUAGUUUUGCUCAUCACGGUGUCCAUGUACUUGGCGGCUGCCCAAGUACACGAACAGGAUGCAUGUACAGUAACAAGCUCAUGUUGGCCGGUGAAGAGGUGCUGCCCGAGGAUGCCGAGACCCAGGACGGCAAUGAGGUGCUGCCCGAGGACACCGAGACCGACGGCGGAGAGGUGCUGCCCGAGGACGCCGAGACCCGGGACGGCAAUGAGGUGCUGCCCGAGGACGCCCAGACCGACGACGGCGUAGAGUUGCUGCUCGAGGACGCCCAGACCGACGACGGCGUAGAGUUGCUGCUCGAGGACGCCCAGACCGACGAUGACAUAGAGUUGCUGCCCAAGGACGCCCAGAAUGACGACGGCAUAGAGUUGCUGCUCGAGGACGCCCAGACCGAGGAUGGCAUCGAGUUGCUAACCGAGGACGCCCAGACCGACGACGGCGUAGAGUUGCUGCCCGAGGAUGUCGAGACCGACGACGGUGAAGCGGCGCUGCCUGAGGAUGGUGAGAAUGAUGUAUCUUUCGUGCCUGACUCUAUGCCCGGUCACGGUGGCGACUCGCUCGAUGAAUCGAUGAUGGAGGAACCAGUACAUGUAUGCAUGAAGCAGUACAAGCAUGCAUGAUCCAGUAUACAUGACCACUAGAAGCAUGCAUGAACCAGUAUCCAUGAACCAGCACACAUGUAUGCAUGAACCGGUACAAGCAUGCAUGAUUCAGAAUCCAUGAAGCAGUACGCAUGUAUGCGAUCAGUGCAAGCAUGCAUGAUCCACAAUGCAUAGCACACAUGUAUGCAUGAACCAGUACAAGCAUGCAUACCAGCUGGAGCUGGAUGUUCCUCGUCGUUUCAUUCAACAUUUUCAGCAUCAACUCCGGCAUCGACUGCAUGAAGUUCAACAUUCAAGUCAAUGCCAAGCAUUCCAUGUCCGUCGUCGCCGCCGCCGCCGCCGCCGGAUUCCACGUUCAAGUCAAUGCCAGUAUCGACAUGAACGGAAGGUUGGCCGAGGCCGGCGUCACCGAGUGGAGGUUGGCUAGCCUGCCACCUAACGGUUGGUGAUAUUCCAGUGAGUCCCAACCUCGUACGUCCGCGCCGGCCAUGACCGCGUCCACGGCCGGUGUCUCCGCGGCCAGCGCCUACGCGUCCACGGCCAUGACCGCGUCCACGGCCAGGCUCAGCUUCAGCAUGCACAUGCUCGUGAGGUUCGUCCUCUGGCAAAACAAAUCAACAAACCAAGAUGGUGAGCAAAUGAUCAGCAAGAAGACGAGAGCACCAACAAAAAUAUGAACCUCGGCGGGGAGACAAGAUGUACCUUCAUCCGAGACGAUUAGCUCCAGAUCGUAGUCUAGCUCUCCGGCAAGACCGCCGUAGUCUUCUUGGACAUCUUCCCAGUUGAUCUGGUUGUUUAAAUCUAACCCUGCCAUUGCAGGGUGAAGAACUAGAGAGAAAUGAGAUGGGGAGAGAAAAA